AUACAUGUGCAGGUGUGUGUGGUUGUAUGAGAGGAUGUGUGUGUUGAGGAAAUUACUUGAAAUCCUUCAUUUGAGGGUGGGGCACUGUGAUAUCACUCUUAAGGCCUUAUAAAAGUCCACUUAGUUCCCCACCAGGACAUGCGAUCAACCUUCGAGUUCCUGAGGUAGACACAAGGCAAUUAACGCAUUUUUAAUUAUUUUUUCUUCUUUUUAUGCAAUAGAUCUUUGCAGUUAUAGGACCUUGGUAGUGGGGAAACAAAUUAUAUAAAAAAAAUUGGUUAUCAAAUAAGUUGAACACAAUGAGGUCGAAUGCUCGCCCCGUGGAGCUCCAGGAGGGAUUCUACAUCCCUAUCGCGCUGGAUACCAACAACAUCACAUCACUCAGCCCCUUCCUGGUUCCUCAGGACCACCUGGCGGGCAGUGCUAUCUUCUAUGGCAUGUCAUUUUUCAUGUUCUUCCUAUUUGUUGCCGGCACUGCUAUCAACGUCCUUACCAUUGUGUGUACUAUCCAGUUCAAGAAGCUGCGAUCCCAUCUCAACUACAUCCUGGUGAACUUGGCAAUUGCUAACCUGCUGGUGUCCAUGUUUGGGUCCUCCACCGCCUGCUUGUCCUUCGCUAACAGAUACUUUAUCUUGGGAUCAGUUGCAUGCCAGUUUGAGGGAUUUGCAGCUACUCUAGGCGGUAAGGAAAAUAUAUAGUUUACAAAUACUACAACUAUGUGCACAAGUACAUCUGAACAUCUUUUGUAUUGUCUUAAUAGACAAGCUUAAUAUGUACAAUUUGAAAUUAAUGGAUUGGUGUUACACAUUUCUUUUCAUGUAGUAAUUUCACAUCUAUUUUGACAGUUUGUAUGCUUCAAUCCUUUUGUAAAUUGAUAAUCUGUAGCAGUGCUUUAGCAAUUCCUCAUAGUAAAAAGGAUAUUCACAUCUCCCUAUAAACCAUUCAUGUAUGUGCUUUUAUUCUCUGUGUCAUUGCAGGUAUGGUGAGCUUAUGGUCUCUCUCAGUAGUGGCGUUUGAAAGAUGGUUGGUUAUUUGUAAGCCAAUCGGUAACUUUCAAUUCAAGAGCACCCAUGCAAUAAUUGGCUGUGCAGUCACUUGGGUGUUUGGGUUGGCUGCCAGUCUUCCCCCUCUGUUUGGCUGGAGUAGGUCAGUGUCAUUUAUCACUCCUAUCUCUCUAUCUCUUUCUCUCUCUCUGUGUGUACAGAAAUCACAUACGCAAGUUCGCACACACAAAUAAUUUGGGUUUGUACAUGUGAUACAACAAUUGUGCAACACUGUUCCUGGUUUUAAGGGUGAGGACUGUGAUCUGUUCUCUUCCCCAGAUACAUUCCAGAAGGUCUCCAGUGCUCCUGUGGACCAGACUGGUACACCUCAAACAACAAAUACAACAAUGAGUCCUAUGUGAUGUUCCUCUUCUUCUUCUGCUUCGGAUUCCCAUUUAGUGUAAUCGUUUUCUGCUACGCCCAGCUGCUCUUCAUGAUGAAAGCGGUAUGUGCAAGUUACACAGAGGAAGAGAUCCUUUGAAUUAGUUGCUAACAUGGGCAUUGUUAAUCACUGUGUAGUCACAUACAUUUUUAAAAAACAAGUUUAUUGUCAUAUAGCAGCACAUAUUUAGUUACAAUACAAGGAUUAACAUAAGAUAUAAUAUGGUAAUCUAAGUAAAGACAAGUGGAAUUAGCUAAAUGUAUACGAAAAAGCAUACAUGAAAAAGGGUAAAUGGUUCAAAGGAAAGGUAGGAAAAUAAACAUUUCAAAAACACUAACAACCACCCUAAUGAAUUACAAUCAACCUAGCUACGUUUUAGAUUGAGAACAUGCUUUCUUCUGAUUAUUUUGGAAUCUAUCCAUGUCAUAGUGAUUAUUAGUGGAAGCCUUGUGGUGAGACACAGACAUCGGUAGGCUGCUCCUACAGCACUGGAAUCAGGCCCUCUUUGUCUCCCCGCACAGGCUGCCGCAGCACAGGCAGACUCUGCCUCCACCCAGAAGGCAGAGAAGGAGGUCACCAAGAUGGUGGUGGUAAUGGUGCUGGGCUUCCUAGUGUGCUGGUUGCCCUACGCCUCCUUUGCCGUCUGGGUUGUACAAAACCGUGGUGCACCCUUUGAUCUUCGAUUGGCCACCAUACCUUCCUGCUUUUCCAAGGCCUCCACAGUCUACAACCCUCUCAUCUAUGUCUUAAUGAAUAAGAUGGUAUGUUUAUAGUUUUUAAGUGUCUUGUGGAAGGGUAUUCUUUGGAUCAAUUAACAGGUUGAAUAGUUACUUUAUUACCAUAAAUAAUUUGUCUUUCUUUAUUGUGCCACUCACAUAUGAUUUCAUCUGACAAUUUUCAUCUGAUAAUUUUCAUAUGAUCAUUUCCCCCCCUCACACCCAUCAGUGAUUUUUUAUCUUCCUCCUCACUUUCAGUUCCGCUCAUGCAUGAUGAAUUUGCUGGGAUUGAAGUCCGGGGAUGAUGAGGAAGCAUCAUCAACAUCAUCAGUCACUCAAGUGUCUUCUGCUGGUUAAAGAGGGCAUCUCUAUUUUUAUUUUACUUGAUGAACUGUUGCUACUGUAUGAUCAUUUGUAUAUUGUAAAUAAUAUUGAAUGUGCACUCAACAGGAUGUUUUGUCCUUGAAGGUGUUGUCAAAAAUAUGUGGUAUGAUAAUCUUAUAAGAGUAGCUAUAACAAUUGAAAUGCACUAAAGAGAGAUAAGAAUAAAUGCACACCCCCGCAAAUUUUAUUUUGCUCAUUUAUUGGUUUGGGUGUUUGUGUCUCUAUGCAAACUUCACUUAUAAACACUUGACAUAGUGUGCAUUAUGAUGCAUUGCUUCAACGUGGUACAAAACAAGACAAUAAAAC